CUGGCGUUUAAACGGGACUUGAAGUAGCUCAAUCCUCUCACUCGUUAUUGUCAACAUUGAAAAGGUGACGCACAGGAACAACUUUGCACAUCGUUAUGGCUGAAAGGGUAAAGCUGCACUACUUCAAUGGGCGAGGGAAAAUGGAGUCAAUUCGUUGGUUGCUUACGGCUGCAGAGGUGGAGUUCGAUGAGUUCCAUCUGACCAGUCGGGACCAGUACCUCAAAAUGCUAGAAGACGGAGACCUCAUGUUUCAGCAGGUGCCCAUGGUGGAAAUCGACGGAAUGAAACUCAUUCAGACAAAGGCCAUCUUGAAUUACAUUGCCGAAAAGUACAAUCUGCAUGGAAAAGAUAUCAAAGAAAGAGUCAAGAUCAACAUGUAUGCGGAAGGACUGAUGGACCUCAUGGAAAUGAUCAUGGUAUUACCCUUCACCCAAGACGUGAAGACAAAAUUGGACAACAUUGAAAAAAAAGCAAAGGACCGCUACCUGCCCGUGUUCGAAGAGCAAUUGAAGGACCACGUUUACCUGGUAGGAGGUCGGAUGAGCGUUGCGGAUGUACUGCUGCUGGAAUGUACGCUCAUGCUGGAGGAGAAGUUUGCGGGGAUACUGAAAAACUUUGGUAACGUCAAGUCCUUUCAGGGUCGCAUGCAGUCCCAGCCUGCCAUUUCUCGAUUCCUGCAGCCGGGAAGCAAGAGGAAGCCUCAGCCUGAUGACGUUUACGUGAAAACUGUCCGGGAGGUCUUUGACUUAAAAAUAGUACUGUAAAGUUCCCUCAACUCUUGAAUUACAUUGGAACUAUUGUAAAAGGUGAGUCAGAAUAAAAAGUCUAUGGUAAAAAAA